AUGUCAGCUUCAGUGAGAGCUUCUCCGGAUUCAUUAGAAACCUUAAGGGCGGUUGCUAAUGAGGAGUAUAUUGCUCUUCUCGAAGCUGAAAAUACAAAGGAUGAAACGAUUAUUAUAAAACUUCAAAACUUCAUACGCAGAAUGCUUGCAUAUAUCGAUUUUAUUCUUUCAUUAUUCAAGAAAGUACCAACAGAGACUUUAUCAGCUGCCAAAUCUUUAAAAUCAAAAAAAGCUGAUAAAAAGCUUAAAAUUUUUAUUGGAACAUGGAACAUGCAUGGAAAACUCCCUCCAUAUAACCUUGCCCCUUUUAUCGAAAAUGUAGACGUUAAACCUUUUAAUGAUAAACAAGGUCUGCCUACCCUUUCUCGAAAAGUUCAACAUCCAUAUCAUAUUCUAGUAAUAGGAACUCAAGAGUGUCAGCAUAAUAUUAAACAUUCAGUAUUAUUUCCUUCAAAAGAGGAAUGGGAGUCAAGAUUAAUUGAUUAUUUGGGAGAUACCUAUGUUUUAGCUGUAUUUGUAUGGCGAGAGUGUGCGGAUUGGGUUCAGGGUUGCCAACAUGAUUCAGUUGCGACUGGAUUGGCAAAUUUGUUUGGGAAUAAAGGUGGUGUUGGUAUUUCAUUAUUAUUUGGUAAUACAUCUCUGUGCUUUAUAAAUAGCCAUUUAGCAGCUCACCAAAGCAAAGUCAAACAACGAAAUAGUGAUGUAAAAAAAAUAUCCAAAGAAUUGAGAUUAAAAGGGUUUAAACCGGAAGAUAAGCUUCAGGUAAAUGUUACUGAUAGGUUUGAUUACACUUUUUGGUUUGGCGAUAUGAAUUACCGUAUUGACUUACCGAGAGAAGAAGUUGACGAAUUAAUUAAUAAAAAAGAUUUAAAAACUCUCCUCUGUUAUGACCAAUUAAGCAAAGAACUUUCAGACUUUUCCUAUUUUUCUAAUUUCAGAGAACAUAAAAUAGAUUUUUAUCCGACGUUUAAAUUUGACAUAACUCAUCGUACAAGUCAUAAUAAUCAGGAACAUCCUCCAUUAUCACGAUAUUCAUCUGCGCCCGCAUUUAUUGAAACAAAUUCGUUGAAAUACGAUUCAGGGCCAAAACAACGUGUACCAAGUUGGACUGAUAGAAUAAUUUUUAAGACACGUUUACCGUCAAAAAAACAUGGAAAGAAAAUUGAGGUUGGAAAAUAUACAAGUCAUAUGAAUGUUGUAGGAUUUUCUGAUCAUAGACCUGUUACUGGUUGUUUUCUCGCAGACUUUGAUUGGAAAUUAGAAAAAGAACUAUUAGAUAUAAAAUUAUCAUUGGAAAGAGAAAGUUUAGAACAAGAUCAAUUGGACAAUGUUAGUAUUAAUAGUGAUAAUAGCAAUAAGAGUGGUAAAUCUGGUUUUAAGAUAAGAGGUAUUGGUGGCACAAAAAAAAAAGGUCCCAGAAAAAAAUUUCUAUUUUUUGGAAAGUUUUAA